UUACAUUUGGUGCCCUAAAUCAAAACUAAAAAUUCAAAGCCCUCAGCCCCUCACAACCUCCCUCGCUUCUCUUCUCUGUUCUCUCACGCCUCACACUCACAAACCUUAGUCACUAUCGUCACAGACCUCAGUCAUCAUCGUCUCACUCUCAUGCCCGUUGACCACUGCUGGAAACUUGCCAAUUAACAAUUAACAUGACUACUGGCUACUGCAUGUUGACUUGGAUCUGUUAGUUACUUGCAAUGGAUAUCCGCAAGAGAAACAGGAAUGAAGCUGGUUUGAAUGCCAAUGGUGGUUUUAAGAAGGCUAAGCCAGAAAUGGACUCGUUAUCAAGUGGUAUAGGAAGCAAAUCAAAGCCGUGCACGAAGUUUUUCAGCACUGCUGGCUGCCCUUUUGGUGAGAACUGCCAUUUUCUUCAUUAUGUUCCUGGUGGCUAUAAUGCUGUGGCCAAGAUGAUGAAUAUAGCACCAUCUCCAGCAUCAAGGAAUGCAGCACCACCACCUAUUGCUAAUGGGAAUACUCCUGCUGUGAAAACCAAAAUUUGCAGCAAGUUCAACACAGCUGAGGGAUGCAAAUUUGGGGACAAAUGCCAUUUUGCUCAUGGGGAGUGGGAAAUUGGCAAACCUAUUGUGCAAUCACAAGAAGAUCCACGUGCCAUGGGUGUUGGACCUAUUCCUGGCCGUUUUGGUGGGCGAAUGGAACCUCCUGUUUCAGGAGCUGCUGCUAGCUUUGGUACUUCAGCCACUGCGAAGAUCAGCGUGGAUGCUUCCCUUGCGGGAGCCAUCAUUGGGAAGGGCGGAGUGAACUCUAAGCAGAUCUGUCGGCAGACAGGAGCCAAGCUGGCAAUCCGUGAGCAUGAAAUAGAUAAAAAUCUCAGGAACAUUGAGCUUGAAGGCACAUUUGAACAAAUUUCACAGGCUAGCACCAUGGUGAGAGAGCUGAUCAGCAGCCUUGGAUCAGUUGGUGGCCCGGGAAGAACACCUGCAGUACAGGGUGGACCUGCACCUCCAAUUAGCAACUACAAGACUAAGCUGUGCGAAAAUUUUGCUAAAGGUUCUUGCACUUUUGGAGAAAGGUGCCACUUUGCCCAUGGUGCUACUGAAUUGCGCAAAACAGGGGUGUGAGCUUUACACAGGCAGCUUUAGCCUUUGUAGUCCCUUGCUCUGUGGAACGCCCGAUUGUGCUGAUCCAUUGUAUUGUUCUCAAUUUUUGGGCUCUUGUAAUGCGCUACUACUUUUGUGGUAUUGAGUUGCUGUGUCUGCAUCAUUUUCAUUUAUAUGGAAUAGAAGUGCUAGUUCUAGCUUUGCUGAUUGCCAUAUUUCUGUCCCUCCUGCUCUAUUCCAUUUUGAUCCGAAACGUAUUUUUUGUGAUUUCUUAGUAGUA